AUUGAAGUAGUAAUGGAAGCUCUUCUGCAGGGGCAAACAGAGAGGCUCUUCGUGGAUGCGGAGGAUUUCAUACUAUCUCUUUUGUGUACAUUUGGGGACUGGUACAACAGCUCGGGGCAGGCAGAGCAUCUCAGAAGCCAGUUUGCCCUGACUAACACCUCUCGUACUGCAAUGGAGUUGUUUGUUGAAGAGUGGCAGGUUUUUCUUCCUCCUCGGCAUAUAAGGGUAUUCCAGAUCUGCCCCAUCCUAGGAUUUCUGGCUGUAUUUUUAACCACACCAAUCGUCCUGGCCCGGAUCCUGUCCCGAGCUCACUUGCGGCAGCAGACUCUCUACCUUCUCCUGGCCAAUGCCUUGCUUAGUGACCUACUCUUUGUGGCUCUUUACAUGCUAACCACCUGUUUGAAUACAGCCACUGUGCUGAUGUCAGACUUGGCCUGUGCUGCCUUGCUCUUCCUGAUGGGCAUCUUUUACAGCGGUGGGCUCUUCAGCGCCACUGCCAUAGUGCUGGACACUUCCUUGGCUAUAUUAGCCCCGUUACGAUAUGCAAUGCUGUGGCCGGUCUCCAGAACCUAUGCAGUCGUCUCCGCUAUCUGGACCGUUGCUAUCUUCUUCCCUGCCGCAUCUGUGGGUCUCUUCCUGUGGUACCAUACGGUGAGCCCCUGCGCCCAACACAUCUGCUCUCUGCCUCUGGUCCUAGUGCUAACUGUUAGCCACUCGAAGCCCCUCCAGGUGUGCAUGCUGCUAACUGUCACCGCCGUCAUAAUCACCCUGCUGCUGGUGGUCUCUGGUUAUGUGGUACUGUACUGUCAUACCAGCAAGUCCGGAGUGUGGAGAGGAGAGCGGUCAUCCCGGGCUAAAGGAACAUUUCUUGUUCACUAUCUCCACCUGUUCCUGUCUGUGUGUCCCAUGCUGUUACUGGUCAUCGAGUUGCUGCUGUACAGCUACAGCAGUAAGCUACAUCCCAGUACAGGCCUCUGGGUCUCGCUGGUGCUGUGCAACAUCCUGCUGGUUUUACCCAAAGCCCUGGCACCCUACCUGUACGGGCUCAGGUACAGGGACCUGCGUGAGGCUCUGCUGGAUUUCUUUAGGCUGAAUCGACCUAGGGCCAUCACACCUGUGAUGUGAUUGCUAAAUCAUUUUUAUGGGAAUUGUGUAAAGGGGUUCAAUUGACCAUUUAAGUUUCCUUAGACUUACCCUGCUAAAGAUAUCAACUGCUGUCCUAAUUCUGAUAAAAGAUUAACUUAGGUAAUCAUUGGCUAUGUUUAAAAAAGCAAUAUUUGUGCACUGCCCCAGUACUGUAUCCCAUUCCUUGUAGAAGUAUGCAGUAUAUACUAUACAGUGUCAUUUGGUAAACAGUAUUAAACAUUCAUGUGACUACCAAUUAGUCAAAUUCACCCAUGGGUGCAGUUUUUCAGUUUUCUCAGAAUUAGAUACCAUGUUUUGUGUGUGUUUUUUUUUUGUUGUUGUUGUUUUUAAUUAGAUACAUGAUAAUGGUGCAGUUCCACAACACCGGUUUUGGGUGUUAGCUCUGCCUGUUUUUAGCAUGCCUUCCUUUAUCUAUAUGUGCCAAUCCAUUACAAUUCUGAAAAUAAUCCGUCAAUAAGUAUAUGUGUCGUGUGUUUUUUCAAAUUCUAAAUUAUGCAUAUUGAAAUUCAAGGUUUAUUAUCACAUGUGCAUUCGUAGCAGGCACAAAGUGCAAUGAAAUGAAAUGCAGUUACUCCAAAACCUACAACAUCUAUACAGAUGAACUAUUAACUAUAACUAUUAACAUUGUUGUGGAUAGUUGUUGGUUAGCGUUAUCUUGUUCACGUAGGCAAUAAAUAUACUGGCACUAUAAUAGUUUCAAGUGUCUAAUUGCUGCCACUGUUUCUUCUCUUGACUAGUUUGUCACUUUUUUUUAGGAACUGGCUGUGCACUUGGAACAUGGGUUGUACAUCACCUGUGUUUUUUUUUUUUUUUU